AAAAAAAGACGACGUCUCUCGCGUUGUUUUGACGUAGCUGGUCAGUGUCAGUCAAGUGUCAGUGGCCAGUCUGCCCCCUGUCACGGAGGAGCUGGGAAAGACCAGCCAGGCGAGAAGUUAGCGCCUCAGACGGAGAGAGAGGAGACCCAGCGGCGUCCUGGGAGAAGCUACCGCGAUGGCAGCCCGCAGCACCGGAGCUAGCUAGCGUCGUCAGCGGCAGACAGUUGUCCGUUGCUCGCAGCAGCUCCGCAGCAACGGUGGAUAAAUAGGCGACAUCAGCGGUUCGGUUAGCUUAGUUUCAAUGUUAGUGUCAAUUAAAGAUCACCAUGUCCUGCUCCAACCUCGUAUGGGAUGUCAAUAAACGGUUAAUUGGACACAGCGAACCGAACACGAUCAGGACCAACUAUUUAGGUAGAAGAGAAUUCGUCCAGAAGCUCAAACUUGAAUCGACACUGAAUGUGCACGAUGGCUGUGUCAACACAAUAUCAUGGAAUGACACGGGAGAAUACAUCCUGUCGGGGUCGGAUGACACCUUUUUGGCCAUUACAAACCCUUACAACAAAAAGGUCAAAGUCUCUAUACGAUCUGGACACCGGGCGAACAUCUUCAGCGCAAAGUUCAUGCCUCACACAAACGACCAGGAGAUUGUGUCCUGCUCCGGAGACGGCAUCAUCUUCUACACCAACACAGAGAAGAGUGCCGACCACAACCGACAGUGUCAGUUCACCUGCCAUUACGGAACUGCUUAUGAGAUUAUGACGGUACCAAAUGACCCCUACACCUUUCUGUCCUGUGGGGAGGACGGCACAGUGCGGUGGUUUGACCUCCGCACCAAAACUAGCUGCACAAAAGAAGAUUGCAAAGAUGAUAUUUUGAUAAACUGUCGGAGAGCAGCAACCUCCAUAGCCAUCUCUCCGCUGGUGCCCUACUACCUGGCAGUGGGCUGCUCCGACAGCUCAGUGCGGAUCUACGACAGACGCAUGCUGGGCACCAGAGCCACGGGUAACUACAUGGGCCGCGGGACGACCGGCAUGUGCGUCAGAUUCGUUCCCGAUCACCUCUCCAACAAGUCGUGUCGAGUCACGUCCCUCUGCUACAGCGAGGACGGUCAAGAGGUGCUGGUCAGCUACUCCUCAGACUACAUCUACCUUUUUGAUCCCAAAGAUGACCAGGCCAGGGAGUUGAAGGGGCCGUCGGAGGAGCGGAGGGAGGAGCUGAGGCAGCCUCCUGUGAAGCGCCUGCGUCUGCGAGGGGACUGGUCAGACACCGGACCCCGAGCUCGGCCCGAGAGCGAGCGGGAGAGAGAUGGUGAGCAGAGCCCGAAUGUGUCCCUGAUGCAGAGGAUGUCUGACAUGUUGUCGCGUUGGUUCGAGGAGGCCGGUGAAGCACAGAACAGCAGAGGAGCACAGCCGCAGACCCGACCCCGAGGCACCGCAAUUCGUCCAAAUAUUCCCACUCUCCCUGCCGUCACCUUGGGCCAGCAGACCGAUGCCGCCCUGGCGGCACCACCGAGUCCGUCGGCUCCAACUGCCCAGGAGUCUGCACCUGGAUCAAUAGGCGCUACAUCCACUGAGAGUCCGCCCUCGGACUCUUUAACGGCCGACACGUCCAGCACCCCAUCCACCUCUGCUGUCGCCGCCUCUUCUGACUCGGAUCAGAGGAGUCUGGCUGAAAGGCCCGGGACGUCUAACCCAACCGUGCCCACCUCAGAGCCUGUGCUUUCCGGUUCCCCUUCGUCCGUGGUUAACAAACAGCUGGGAUCCAUGACACUCGAUGAGCAGCAGGGAGGACCUUCAGAGUCACCCGCCUCGGCCGUGCCCGUGCCGGCCAGCAGCAGUAGCAGCUCCGCCCCCUCUACCUCCGCUGGAACCAGCCGCCCCUCCGCCGCAGAACCGGUGCUGAGUCUGCAUUACAGCUCGGAAGGAACCACUACCAGCACCAUCAGGUUGAAUUUCACCGAUGAGUGGAGCAGCAGCACGUCCAGCUCUAGGGGCAGUGGAGCUGUGAAGUCAUCGGAAGCCUCUGCCGCCAGCACCGAAGGUCCCUCAACAAUCACUGCGGCAGCAGAGCAAGAAACCUCCAAAUCAGUGCAGCAAAGUGGAGAGGAAUCCUCCACCGCCCCUCACUGUGACGCCUCCUGCUCUAAUGAGGCCGGAGGACCUUCGACGUCCCGCCCGGAAGAUGGCGCGACAGAGAGCUGCAGCAGGGAGCGAAUCCAGCUGGACACCGUGGAGGAGGCUCCAGGAAGCUGCCGGAGACAGGAGCCUCCAGCGGAGCCGCAGGGCGACGCGGCGCCCAGCCAGCCUGCCAGAGGGAACCAGGACUCGGACGACAGCGACGACGAUCCCAUCAUCUCCAACAGGUUCAGAGGCCAGGGACAGAGAGUAAAUUCCCGAGGAUCAGCAGUUGGAGAUAGGAUGAUAAGACGCUCGGCAGCUGCUCGGAUCAAGGAGCUGUUUCGCAGGAGGAAAGAGAGGCGCGAGCUGGAGGAGAGUGAGACGCAGAACAUCAGGAGGCCGUCGGUCAAAAUGGUCUACAAAGGUCACCGCAACUCCAGGACGAUGAUAAAGGAGUCGUGUUUCUGGGGUAACAACUUCGUGAUGAGCGGCUCUGACUGCGGUCACAUCUUCAUCUGGGACCGACACAGCGCCGAGCACCUCAUGCUGCUGGAGGCCGACAACCACGUGGUCAACUGUCUGCAGCCGCACCCCUUCGACCCCAUUUUGGCCUCUUCUGGGAUCGACUACGACAUCAAGAUCUGGUCUCCGCUGGAGGAGUCGCCCUCCUUCAACCGAGUGCUGGCAGACGAGGUCAUCACCAGGAACGAGCUGAUGCUGGAGGAGACCCGGAACACCAUCACCGUCCCGGCGUCGUUCAUGCUGCGGAUGUUGGCCUCCCUGAAUAACAUCAGAUCAGACCGUCUUGAAGGGGAUCGCUCGGAAGGGUCCGGUCAGGAGAACGAGGACGAGCAGUAAUCACGGGUGUUUUCCUUUCAGUUUGUCUUUUCUUCGUCCUGUUCACAAGCACUUGAGAAACGAGAUCCGAGUGAGGAGGACUUUUUCUUUUUUUCUUGGAAGCUGGUUACAUUUCUAGUCCCCGCUGUGUUUUUUUAAACAGACUUUCUUACUGAUGUGUGUUUGUCGUGUGAGGGUGACUGCAUCCCGCGUGGCCCGGCAGAAGAGGCGGCUGGUGAAGUGCAAUAUUUCUGUUCGAGAGCGUCUUUCAGUGUUACAUUUUACAUUUCUAAUGCAAUAGUGAGGAGCUGUCGCGACACUCGUGCAUGUUAACAGACCUUGCUUUAAGAUGUUUUCAGUUUUUUUUUUUUGAAGGGGAUGGAAAAAAAAAAGUCUUCUCCCCCAAACCUUGUACGAUAAUAAAUUAAACUUUUACAAGAUUUGGAAAAAAAAAAAAAAGAAUAAACUUUCACGGCAUUUUAAAGAGGUCGUCUGAAACA